AGAAGAGCCCAGAAAGAAAAAGAAAUGAGGCAGGAGAGAGAUGUGGUGUCUUCUUCAAAAGGGUUGUUUUGCCCCUUUCUCCUUCGCCUGUGAUUUCUUCCAUCUUCAUCCUUUACCGCCCGCCAAACAACCCUUUUAUCUCAUUCUUUCCUACCGAAAGAGAAACUAGCUAUGCAUAUAUAUAUAUAUAUAUAUAUACAUACAUAUAUACACGCACACACACAUACUCCGUGCAUGAUAUACUACUAGUACUUCAUUUCUUCUGCUCUGUUGAUCUGUUCUGUUCUUUUCUGCUGUCCCUGUUUUUACGGAAAAAGAAAACCUUUGAUGAGGCUGUGAUGAUGAUUCUCCGCUCUGCUUCUCUCUCUCUCUUUCUGGGCUUCUCGACAUUUGGGAUGACCCGACCCGUAUCUUGGCGUGGCAAUCCGGAAUUUGCAGCCAUGGCGGCCAGGGCUUUCAGAUUCGUCACGUGGAGAAGUAGAUCUGAGCCUCAGCGUCUCCCGAAUUCGUGUUCUUGGAAAAAUGGGUUGGGCGUCGGUAUGAUUCUGACCCGUAUCUUUGCGAGGCAAUUACUACUGUUUGUUUGAUUGCGAAUUGCGUGGUAAUUUAUUGGGUUUGUUGUUGUUGUUGUUGGACAGGAAAAGGUUGGAAUUUCUGAGAUUGUCCUCCCCAAUUAGAAUACGAACCAUGCUACACUUGCACCAAAAUUGUGCACCCCCUUGGGGUACAAAUAGCUUUAUCCAAAAAAGAAUUAUUACACUUGGGCUUUGUUUGGUUCUGAUGAGUAAGGUCUUGUUUCGGAAUAGAGUUAGCGUUUAAGAUAAAAUUUUAAUGGUGUAGAUUAAUUCUCAAAACGCUAAUGCUAAAUGCUACCGUUGGAUAACCUUUUCAAAUGAUAAUGCCAAACGGAGCCUAAAACUCAUCAACAACCAUUGGUGAUGUAGAUAUAAUGGAGUUGAGUCAAACCUCUCCACAAGGUUCAUUUAUAUAUGAAGGCUUGAUUUGUAUAGCAAGCUAAACCCGAAACCUUGAACCCUUAAUUUUCGGCUGUGAUGAUUAACUGGUUUCUAAACAAGAAUUUGGGUUUUUUACCCCCUGGCGUGGUAGCUUUUCUUGCAGCCAUGGUGGGUUCAACCUUACUUCUCGUAUUAUAUAAGAGAUAAGUUGAAUCUGAGCCACUUUGUUUAUUAAGGAGUAGGUUCCAAUGCACUCUUUGGUCUUGUUUGGGACCAAUGUUUUUAAUUAACGUUUUAGAUCAUUUCUUAGAGCUUGUUUGGGAGUGAUUAACUUUUGGAUAAAUUGAUUUUCACAAAAGCUGAAAGCAAAAGCACCUCAAACUUGCUUUUCCAAAAUGGUGUUCUGUGUACAAAACAGUGAUGGUGAAAAAUAGAAGAGAGAAAGUAAAUUGUAAACUAGACUUUAAUUAUGGGUUUGUGGCAAAUAGUGGAGCAUGCACCUGCCACCUCGUAGUUGCAAAGACUCUUUGCUUACAUAGUUACCUCCCAACGCAAUUUCUAGGAAUAGAACUCGGGUCUAACUUUGCAGAGAUGUAUUGGAUUUUUCAAGGGUGGUUGCCAUCUCUGCAAGCAGCCAAUGACCUCAUUUGUAUGAGGAAACAGUCAAAACAGCCCUUUUGUAUUGAAAUAUUUGCACUAAAUAGCACUAAAACUUAAAUCAUUUCUCUAAAUAGAAAUUAAAUUGUUUUAUUCCCU